AUGGAUUUCUUAAACUUGACAGAUCAAAACUUUACCUCAGAAGAAACAUUCAAUCGAAUGCCAUCUAAGAUUCUGGUCUCAUUUACUCUGUCAUUAUUGGCACUGAUGACAACUGCCAUCAACUCUCUUGUGAUCACUGCUAUAAUUGUUACUCGGAAGCUACAUCACCCUGCCAACUAUUUAAUCUGCUCCCUUGCAGUUACUGAUUUUCUAGUGGCAGUCCUCGUGAUGCCCUUCAGCAUUGUAUAUAUAGUGAAAGAAACUUGGCUCAUGGGUCAAGUAGUCUGUGACAUAUGGUUGAGUGUUGACAUUACCUGCUGCACAUGUUCUAUCUUGCACCUCUCAGCUAUAGCAUUGGACAGGUAUCGCGCAAUCACAGAUGCUAUUGAGUAUGCCAGAAAAAGGACACCUAAGCAGGCUGGUAUUAUGAUUACCAUAGUGUGGACUAUUUCAGUUUUUAUCUCUAUACCCUCCCUAUUCUGGAGACACCAAAGAACCAGCAAAGAAGAUGAAUGUACAAUCAAACAUGAUCAUAUUGUUUUCACCAUUUACUCUACAUUUGGAGCAUUCUACAUACCAUUGACAUUGAUAUUAAUCCUCUAUUAUAAAAUAUACAGGGCAGCAAAGACAUUGUACCAUAAGAGAAAUGCUAGUUGGAUUACCAAAGGAGAGCUAAAUGGUCAGGUACUCUUGGAAAGUGGUGAGAGAAGUUCUCACCUGGUCUGUACACCAUAUGUAAAAGAGAAGUCUUUAUCUGACCCUUCAGCAGACUUUGAUAAAAUACAAAACAUUGUAAAAAGUCCCAAAUCCGAAUUUAGACCAGAAAAAUCUUGGAGACGACAAAAGAUUUCUGGAACAAGAGAAAAGAAAGCAGCCACUAUAUUGGGGUUAAUCCUAGGUGCAUUUGUGAUUUGCUGGCUUCCCUUUUUUGUCAAGGAAGUAGUUGUCAACAUAUGUGAGAAAUGUCAAAUUUCAGAAGAACUGUCUAAUUUUUUGACAUGGCUUGGCUAUCUAAAUUCUCUUAUAAAUCCAUUGAUCUACACAAUCUUCAAUGAAGACUUCAAGAAAGCAUUUCAGAAACUUGUGAGAUGCAGACAUUACCUUUAG